AUGGGGGCAGUUGCCCCCAUGCCAAAUCCACCCCUGCUUGCUACGUGUAAUCAUUGGAUGGGUAGGACCCAAAACUGGAAGAGCAACAAGCUAUGGCGUAGAAGGAGAAACUGGGAGACCUAUCUCCCUCGUACCACUAGCAGAAGAGGGAUGUGGCAGCAGGAGGCAAAGAAGAAGGCAGCGGUAGGGCGAAGACAGACUCCUUGGAGGUCUCUGUGGACAGACUGGGUGGCAGCAACCGGGAAUGGUGCUUUGGAGAUGGAACUAUGGCUGGGCAGUAGUAAAUUCGAUGGGUGGAAACAGCAAAUCUUCUGGGAAUAA